UUUCCAAUGAGCUUUGAUGGGCUGAUAUAUUCUCCCAGAGGAAUAUGGGCUGAGUUUCCUAAUUUCUUCCUCUCAACAAAAAUCUCAGAGAAUUCGUAUAAAAGGGUCGUACCUUCUGGUAGGUUACAUUUCUUUCUUCCACUAAUAAACUUUGACAGCUGCCACAUUUGACAUUUGACAUUCGACAUUUGACAUUCGACAUUCUUCAACUUGACUCAACCCACCUAUCUACCUACCUUGUCUGCAAUCCAUACCUAUAAUAACCGCCAGUAUGUGUAUCGUCUUAGCAACUACAGCACAUCCGUCUUACGCACUCAUCAUUCUCGAUAAUCGAGAUGAAUUCAUCCUUCGGCCGACCAGCAAACCACACUGGUGGUCUUCUAAUCAUCAAGAAAUCCUCUCAAGUCGAGAUCUUCAACGUGCCGAGCAAGGAACAUGGCUAGGCAUUACGAAAACUGGCAACUUUGCAGUUCUUACAAAUUAUCGCGAAACAAAUACCCACGACAAAGAUCAUCCUGUACAAGGAACGAGGAGUCGAGGCGGUAUGGUCACGGCUUGGUUGACGGCAGAAAACGACGAGAGUACCAAACAAUUUGUACAUAGGCUGUUGGAUGGGGAUGGAGUGAAAGGUGUCGGCGGGUUCUCCUUGGUCUGCGGGAAAUUGCGAAAAGAAAGAUCCUCUGACGAUCAAAUGGAACCUCUAGCAAUCAUCUCAAAUCGUAGUGGAACCCCAGAUGAAGUACCAUGGGUAGCUGCCAGCAGAGGAGAGGUUUACGGCUUAAGUAAUACGUCCUACGAUGAUCCAAUAACUUGGCCCAAGAUCAAGUCUGGCAAGGAAAAGGUCCUGGAGGUUGUAGAAGAAGUGGUACUCAAUGGCUUUGGAGAAAAGGAGCUCAUCAAGAAGUUGUUCGCUGUCCUGGAUAUUGAUACGCUCCCAAAGAAAGAUGACAGUCAGGACUUUGAGGAGUAUAUCUAUCAGCUUCGCAAGUCAAUUUUCAUACCUACAAUCGGUCAUGCAGCCUCACCUUCAGAAGUUCCAAAAGCAGACGAAAUUGCAGCCGCUGUCGGGAAGGUAUCGUCAUCCAAUGAAGAAUCCGCAGUCGAAGUCAUCGAGGAGCAAAGGCCAACGCCCGAGAACAAUAAUGUUACAUCCGGCGUUUACGGUACCCAAAGACAAACCAUCAUUCUCGUAGAUUGGCAAGGACAUGUCACAUUUAUAGAGCGUUCAUUAUUUGAUGAAGACGGCAAUCCCAUAGAAAGAGGUCAAUCUGAUAUGAGAUUUGAGUUCGAUAUCGAGGGAUGGAAUGGGGAAAACGACAAAGUACAAUAAUAUAAUUUAAACCGUUAGACCAAACGAUGAACUCUUAUUAAGUGCCAAGGGCAUGAUUGCAUUACCUAGUAGUAGAAGUGGUAAUGCUGUUAAAAAGUAUAUC